AUGGCACCAGCAACCCCGCCCCCACCAGACCCAGGCUCCCUCGGCGCCGUCAUAAGACCCGCAGAGUCCAUCACAGUCAGGUCGCCAUGCCGUCUCCGCACAGCAGCAGGUCGCGUCAACACAGAGGUAGCCAUCCUCAGCCACAAGUCGAGCACAGACGAGUCUGCCGUGCUCGUCGUGUCGCCACCCACGUCCAAGAGCCCCCUGCGCAUCCUCUACUCGCUCCCCAUUACCUCGACCUUUUCGGCGUCCUUGAUGCAGAUCCCGCCAUCCCCGUCCACCUCCUUUUUUGCCCAGAGCUCCAAGCCGCACAUAGAGCUCAUGCUGAGCACUGGCGAGAACAAUGGAGGACGCAAGGUUGAGCUUCAGUUUCCGGCAGCCGAUUCUGCGCGAGUUCAUGCUCUAAUGAAGGAAAUUCGCAAGACUGUAGACGUGUCCAUUGUGUCGCCCUUCUCACACGCGUGGUUGUCGUUCUACCCCGAAGUCGAGGGCGAUGUCGCGCCCUUGCCGACCGACACACAGGCCAUGGAGGCCAAGAUUGAGGACAGCUUGGAGGCGUCCUUUGGCAACCUGGGCACCACAGACGACGACAACGAGGCCCAGAACCUGUCGCACGACACCGAGGUGGAGAACGCCAAGCCUGUCUCACUGGGUGAACCGGUCAGGCUUGCACAGGACGACAAGGAGAGCAAAGAAGAUGUCAAGGGAGACGACGAGGAAAUGGACGAGGUCGACUUGAUUGAGGUGGACGAGGACAAGGAGGAAGCGGACAAGAAGGCAGUCGUCAACGGCGAGGCGAAGCAUGGUGAGGAGGCGAGCUCGCACACGCCAGUCGCCAACCCCGUCGAUACGGCCAAGCAGGACUCGGACACGGAAAACAGCGACACGACGAGUGCGACGUCCAGCAAGGCCAAGAAGAAGCCGGAGAUUGACGUCGAGCCCGAGGAGGAAAACGACGACGACGACGACGACAAGUUCCCCAACCCUUACACGCCCGGCUUCUCACGUACUGAUUUCCUCCGCAAACGUCUGUUCAAGAGGCAGAAGAAGUGGUCGUCCACCACUCCAGUCAGAAUUCGAAUUGUGACGUACAAUGUCAACGACAGGACGCCUCCAACAGGUACCAAGGAACUUGGGCCUAUUGUCGGCUACGGCGGCGAAGACAUCCUGGUCGUCGGUCUCCAGGAAGUCGACCUCCGAGGCCAGGCGCUUCUCUUGUCACAGGGAAGCUGGCGCGCGGACGCGUGGGAAGAGGCCAUCCUCGCCGGUCUUGGUGACAGGAAGGACUCGUUUGAGAAGUAUGUCGGCGUCCUCAUGCUCAUCUUUGUCAAGAGCGAGCUCCGCCCCGACAUUAGAAUGCUGCAAGAAACGUCCAGGGGUAUCGGUCUCUUGGGCUUUGGCGGUAACAAGGCGGGUGUUGCAGUGCGCAUGAAGGUUCACGACACGACCAUCGCCUUUGUAAACUCGCACCUUGCGGCGUUCAGCAACCAGCUGGAGAGGAGACGACUCGACUAUCAGGCGCUACUUGCUGGUCUCAACUUUACAAAUCCCGUAUCUAACCAACCUGCCACGGAAGCGCACUAUUCUGAGGAUGGCAGCCCGCUAGGCCUCACCGACUCGGACGUCUUGUUCUGGUUUGGCGACCUCAACUACCGUAUCGACCUGGAAGACGCCGAGAUCCGUGCCCUGUGCGAGACGGAUAGCUGGGACACGAUCCUCACUGCCGACCAGCUGUUGGGCGAUAUUGCUGAGAACCUCUCGUUUGGUGGGUUUAGCGAACCGCGCAUCGUAUUCAAGCCAUCUUUUAAAUACGUCCAUGGUUCGGUCACGAUGGACCCCAAGCGCUCGCCAGCGUACACCGACCGAAUUUUGCACAUCACCCAUGGGCCCGAGGUCGUCCCGUCAAAGUACACCUCCCACGAGCUGUUGUGGUCCGACCAUCUGCCGGUCUCGUCCAGGUUCAUGGUCAGGACUCGUGUCGUAGACGAGGCCAAGCGCACAGAGGAGCUCGUUGCGAUCCAAUGCGAGCUCGACAAGCUCGACGAGCUGUAUCGUGCGAGCCUCGAGGUGGACAGCGACGAGGUCGACUUUGGACUUGUCAACUCUGGAGUUGUGGGCAGCGGCCAAGAGCUCAAGCUCACCAUGACGGCACUUGUGGAUGAGUCGCACGCUGGCGCUUUGACUGGCGGCGAGGACAUGCUUGUCGACGGCGGCACAGACACGUUCCUGUCCCUCCGCGCCCAGUUUGAGCCCAGCAUCAUCAACCUCCCCCUCGAGGUUCUCCCAGACCUUCCCUCGGCCAUUGUCGACGUUCCGCUCACUGAGCGCAAGACGCUCCUCCACCCCACUCCCGACGAGGGUGACGCCAAGGACGCGAGCAAACAGAACGGACACUCAAAAGGUCCCAAGCCGCCUCGCGAGAUCUGGCGUCUUCUCGAACUGCUCAUGUCGGAAGGUAUGGAGGUUGAGAACCUCUGGACGAGCGACGUGGAUCUUUCGGCCGUGUUGGCGACGAUUGACGCCCUCGACAAGGGCGACGAGAAGCUCCCCUGCGACGCCAAGGUCGCGGCCCAGACCCUCUUGCACAUUCUCUACGCGCUCCCCUCCCCGCUCAUCCCGGACAUACACCGCACGCUGUGCACGUCGGUCAAAGAGCGCGACGACGCGUUUGGCGUGCUGGAAAAAGUGCCCAGCGUCCACGCCAAUGUCCUCAUCGGUGUAACCAGUGUGGUGCGCCUAUGCUGCGGUGCCGAGUCGCCAGACGACGCAAUUGUGAAAGCCAUUGCCACAGCUGUGUUUGGCGGCGCGCCGGCGGGCCGCGAAGGCUUUGUGCGCGUCCUGCUGGAGGGAUGA